UUACUUGAUCGCUAUCACCACUGGUAACGAGAGUAAAUUCAUGUCGACAGAUUUCGUGUUUAUUAGCAGCAUAAAGUGAUUGUUUACGAUUAAACGUGACAAAAUGGCACAGACAGUAAUUUCUGCGUUAUAUCCCCCUCAUAUCGAUCCAACACGGACACCUUUGGCCUAUGGAGACAGAGCUCUUCCAAGACUGAAUAGAGAAUUGAAAGACCCCACUCUUUUGAUUCGCCAAAGAGCUGUGAUGUCAUUAUGUGACCAUUUACAUGACCCGGAACACAUUGCAGAGGCUUUAAGAGUUGGAAUAGCAGAAAGCUUGAAAACUCUACUCACUGAUUCUGAUUUAACAGUCAGACAAAAAGCCACUGAAUGUUUAUAUGUAAUUGGAGGUCAUGCAAUAGGUAGAGAUGCCUUUUUGGAAAAUGCUAUCAUACCACCAGUGGCAAAAUUGUUUGAUGAUAAAGAAGACAUUGCCAGGAAGAAUGCACACCAAGCAAUAGAAAUGAUUUCUGAAACACCCCCAGGUGCUGAAGGAAUUGUAGAAGCCAGUUUAGUUCCUAUUCUUGUGAAAAAAUUGUCAUCAGAAAAAGAUGAAAUCAAGAUUUUGAUUUUAGACACUCUGCAUUACUGUAUGAGAGUGAAUACUCAACAAGCCCUGGGGGCCGGAGCAAUGGAAACAUAUACAAAGCUCCUAGACCACGCUUCUGAUGUGAUCAGAGCUAAAGCUGCCAGAGAUAUCAUGGAUCUGAGUGUACCUCUGGAUGGUAAGAACAAAGCUGUAGAAGUGAAAUCUGUUCCAUCCUUGGUCAGACUUCUGAAGGACAAAGAGCCAGAUGUACGAGCCAAUGCAGCAGGUGCUCUCAUGAUGAUUACAAUAACAACAAAGGGUAAAUACACAGCAAUCAAUGAAGGAAAAGCCAUCCAGCCUCUGGUAGACUUAGUGGAUGAUCCAGUCAGUGAAGUCAGGCUAAAUGCCAUCAAGGUAAAUUUAGUGGAUAAUCCAGUCAGUAAGAUUUAGGGGAUGAUUCAGUCAAUUAAGGCCCAUGAAACAGACUCCAUUCCCGCUGUUGUUAAAGCAGCCACUAUUGCUGUCCGAGUAAUCACAUGGAAACCUUGAGUGACAAUUUUGACAAUUACAAGUGAUGUAUGGAUGUGUCUGUCGUGUGAAAGAGGAUUGAAUGUACCGAGUAUGAAUUGUUCAUUUAAAACUGUGAUAUGUAAAUAGCUAUUUCAUCAUAUGUGUGCAAUCAUGAAUGUGUGAAAUUUAUACUUCUAUGAUAAGUGUAUCAUUAUAUUUGAGAAAAUUAAUAUUAUAUAAAUGUAUGUUCAUUUGUUCAGUAUCUACAGAAAAGAAUUUUUAAAAUAAUGUUCUAAAAGAAGAAUUUUCACUCAUGAAUGAAUAUUUUUACUCAAAGAAAUUUUUAUAA